UGUCCCUGCUGGUUUCUUGUCCCGAGUCAACCAUUUUUGACAUGAACGCUUACUCAACUGGUAGCUCUGGCAUUCCCGACGGGACCUAAAUGCCUCAUCUUGCCAGGGGCGGGUAGGCGCUAACAGUGCAGCAUGGCGGACGAUGGAGACAGUUCGAGCGGUCCAGUUGACACAAACGGCGGGCAGGGGGCGGCGGAGGAGUCAGACGGGCUCGGCUUGGUCGGGAUGUUGCUGAAUAUCACCGUUUUGGUUCUGGUGGUGGCGGUUUGUCUGGCGGCGUACCGGCGGUGGGGCAGGAGGCUCGUCUCCGGCGCGGCCCAUGGCGACGCGGCCUCGGCGCUUCCCAAGAUGAGGAGACGGGACUUCACUCUGGAGCAGCUGCGGGAGUACGACGGUCUCCAGAACCCUCGGAUCCUCAUGGCUGUCAACAUGAAAGUUUUCGACGUGACCAGCGGCAAAAAUUUUUACGGAAAAGACGGCCCUUACGGUAUCUUCGCUGGCCGGGAUGCUUCAAGGGGCCUGGCCACCUUCUGCCUGGAGAAGAACGCCCUGAGGGAUGAGUAUGAUGACUUGUCAGACCUCAGCGCAGUGCAGAUGGAGAGUGUGAGGGAGUGGGAGAUGCAGUUCCGGGAAAAAUACGACUACGUUGGGCGGUUGCUGAAGCCUGGAGACGAGCCUUCGGAGUACACGGACGAGGAGGACAUCAAGGACCACUUGAAGCACGACUGAGCAGUUCCCAUCCCUCUUACCAAAGCCAGAAGCCCCCCAAACAGCUGUUACUGACCGCCCUGGACCACCUGACUUUCUACCCAUCCUCCUGCCCGUCCAUUUACCAGUCUCUCCUCUCUAGUCCCUAUCCAUGUACCAAAACUUUGAAUCCGUCUGGUGCUGCAGCUGGUUCGUGAUGGGAAGGGCUCAAGUCUCGACGACCAGACCUCCUCCCCAUCUCUCCCUCGUCAUUCUAUGAAGAUGAGUACCAACAGAAAGCAAUCAGGAACCUUGGAGGAGCUUUUGCUUAUUUUAUUUGACAGCUAACACGUCUGGGGGCUGUUAGAUGUAGUUUGAAACCAAACCCUGAAGCAUCUUGCUGGCUUGUUCGGGUGGGGAAGUGAUAAGUGUUGGGUGGAUGUCAGUCAGGAACCCUCUGGUCUGGGAUAAUCAGUCGAGCAGGGUUGGGAAAAACACUUCUCUCUCUUUUAAUCUUUGGUUUAGCCACAUAGCAACACAAACUGCUUCAGCUUUAGAAAGUUUAUCAUUCAAUCAAUCACAGUUUUUGUUCUGUUCAGAUUAUUUUCCUCCCUUGAUGAGAGGGCAGUUCUGUGGCCUAACCAAGGGCAGUUUGGCAGGCUUUGAGUUUAUCUGUUGUGUUUGUAGUGUAAGCACUACUAGUUUUCUUUGUUUGUCACCAUGUGAUUGUAUUUGUUAAGUAGCAUAGAGGGGACAGAGUUCCAGCCACAUUUUGUUUUUUCUUUUCACAUUUCUUUGCGGGGUUGGGGUCAAAGGUAUUACAUGAAGCUUGUUUUAAAUCUCAUCAGAUGGACUAAAUCACAGAACGACGGGCAAAAGGGAAGAUGAUAAGGCAGCCCUAAUCAAUUGACAAAUUGUUUACAUGCCUCACAAGCCAGCUGCAACUCUGUAGAUCCCCCUGAAAAAGGUCCAAGUAUUAAUCGUGCCUUAUUUAGUUUGUUGCGUCAGCGCUGAGGGGUCAAACACAAGGUCGGUGGAAGGAUGGAGGUGUCAGUUUUCUCCUAGACUCAGCCCCCCCCCCCCAGACUUUAAAGAAGGCAUUUGUUGUGUCAGUCAUCCAUGCAGAGACUGGAAUAUUUCCCCAUUUCACAAACUUUGUACAUAGACCCAAGAAAUUACUGUGUUACUGCCAUAUUUAUGUAGUGGAUGAAGUCCAUAUACAUAUAAAUGCUAUGUCGUACUGGCCAAAACCCCCCAUUGUUUGUGUUCUGUUUUUUUUUUUUUUUUUUUUUUAAUGUGGGUGAAUUUUCAAAAUAAAUCAAAAGUGAUUAUAAGGUGUUGCAAAAUGCUGCAGGAUCGGACCGGGAGCUGUUCUUUGCUGAAUUCUGUUCAUAGACAUUGCUUAUCCUGUAAAUAUAUCUAUCGUUUAUUAAAGCAUGUGCAACAACAAAGUCAGCUAUGCCGAGGUUUCACCACAUCAUGUAUUUAAAUGUCAGACGUGAGUGCGAGUGUGUGUUUGUGUCGGUGUGACAGACGCAGGAAGGGAUUUGUUCAUGCAUAAUAAAUCAAUUUGGUUAAUAA